AUGAAGACCUCUGCUACCGACGGGCCUUGGGCUGUGCAGUUCGCCCUCCUCAACAUGCGAAACCAACAGCUUCAGCCCACCACAGUGAGCUUCGUGUUGAGCAUGGUGGCACUUGGGGAGCUACGGCACAGAUGGGAGCACGGGCUUCGGUUCUUUGCACAGAUGACGGCGACUGCGAUUCAGGUGAACGAAAGGUGCCUCAGUGCCAGCAUUGGGCUACACUCCAGGUGCAGUCAGUGGGAAGCUGCCGCCAAUCUGCUGAGUCCUUCUCUAGACGACGCCUGCUUUAAUGCGGCAUUGCUGAGGAAUGAAUGGCGCAGGUCACUUUCCCUGCUUCUUCAAAUGGAUUUUCUGGGCCUACGGCACACCAUUAUCACCCUUGAUACAGUGCUUCGUGCCUACCGAGAGGCUCAUCUGAAUUGGAGGGAAGCAAUGGACAUUGCUUCAAGAUGGGCAGUUCCCCAACGGAGGCUCCCUGCUGCAGUCUACGGCACCCUAGUUUGUACGUGUAGCUCUGCAAGGCAGCUGUCGAUGGCUAGCCGUUUGUUUCGCCUCAUGUGCCGAUCGCGUGUGUCCCCCGUAAGCUUAGCUGACCCUGUCCGGGCCUUCAGAGAUAAUGCAGCUUGGCACGAGACGCUGCAUCUGCUUGAUGUAUUGAAUUCCUGCGGCGCGGAGGCAGACGCUGCAAGCUGCAAUGCACUCUUGGGCUCUUGCAGCACAAGCUCUUGCUGGGCAGUUGCAUGGGAAAUCAUGGCCCGUCUGAGCCAGGCCGACAUAAAGAGAGAUGCCCACUGCAUUCUCGCUGCCGUCGAUGCCUGCGGCAAAGCGAGUAGCUGGCAAGCUGCCCUGACCAUGAUAUCUGACAGCAUGAGAGCCGACACCGUCAUGACAAGUCACUGCCGCAACGCUGCCAUCAGCGCAUGUGUGCCGGGGCAGUGGCCGAGAGCCUUGAUACUGGCAAAUGGGCGGAAAGAGCAAAUCGCGGCAACGGUUGUCACGCUUGGUGCACUGCUUAGUACUUUCACAGAAGGGCAACAGUGGCGGGCAGCUUCAAGCACCUUUUGCCACAUCAUGGUGCAUCGUACGCAACCAAAUGUAGUCGUGUAUAACACUCUUAUCAGUGGUUGCGGGAACCGCCAGGUCUGGCAGCAUAGCUUGCAGCUGGCCCAGGCACUCAAGUCCGCGAAGCUGCAAGGUGAUGAGAUCACAUACAAUGCGCUCAUCAGCGCAUGCGAGAAAGGAGGGAGGUGGGAUGCCGCUGUCAGCGCAUUAGAGGAAAUGGGACUACAGAGUGUGCCGUGUGGCACCACUUCCAUCAAUUCGGCCGCUCGUGUGCAGUGGAGACAAGCUGUGACUGUAUUGGAAGAGAUUUGCACAAACUGGCUACAAGCCGACUCCUUCACGAUGACGGCUGUGAUCGGAGCAGCUGAGAGGGAAGGAGCUUGGAUGCAAUCCCUGCGCAUGCUCCAACAGUCGGCCGCCAACUACCUGCGGCUUCAUUCCGUUUGCAUCAAUGCAGCCGUUAGUGCAUGCCAGAAGGGAGGCAGCUGGACUGUUGCAGUAUACUUACUAGACUCCAAUCAUGAACCAGAGAUCAUCACAUUCAAUGCCUGCAUCAGUGCUUGUAGCAAGUGUGUCCAGUGGCAGCUUGCUACAAACAUGCUUUGCAGAGCGGGGCGUGGAGGGCUGGUGCCAAGUCAUAUAACUCAUCAAGCUGUGCUUGAGGCGUGUUACGGGGCACGCCAAUGGCAGAGAAGUAUUUUGACAUACAGCAGAGAGCAGGUCUGGGAUGUGGCAAGCUGUAGUAUAGCUGUGCUUGCGAGCCGUGGAGCAUGUCUUGGCUUGACUGCCAUCUUCUUGGCCCAACUGAAGGUAGGCCUCCUUGGGCAACUGCGUUCCGGCACCCAGCGUGCUUAG